AUGGCCGCUGCCCCGCUAGAGAGCUCUAGCACCACCCCGCCUGACGUUAAAUCGACCGACUCGACGCGUCCCCCCGGCGAUCCCAUGGAAGAUACCGACCCUCAGUCUACCCGGAAACGUCCCCGUCUUGAUAGUGGAAGUGGCAUUCGGGAGAACUGGUCUGACAAGACCGACGCUGCCCCAAUGUCUGACCAGGCGCCGGGCGCUCCUGCUCCCGGCGAUCACGAAGCUCUUGCCUCGACCCGCCCGCCCAGCAGAGUCACGAUCAACGUGAAAUCCCCUACCACUACAGCCGCCCCGACCGACAGUAUGGCCUCCGUUUCCGCCGCCCCCGAAGAUCCCCCCGUCGCACAACCCGACCCGAGCGCCCCCUCGCACAGCGCCGAAGAUGCGGGGGCCAACGCCUCUAAGGCCAUAUCGUUAUCGUCGUCACCCGCCCAGAGUCCGGAGAUCGAGGUGGCGGAGUUGGAGGACAUGGACCAGGACCCCAACACGUCGAACUGGAAGCCGCUGGGAGACGCGCUGGGAGAGCCCGACGUUGUGCAGCUUCAGGAACAACCUCCGUUGACGGAGACCUUCCCCAAACUCCGUCCUCUUCAAGAUGCACGGGAUAACUUGGAGGAAAUUUGCGCGGUCAUUGAGAAGGGACCUCCCCACGCGACUGUUUUUCUGGCGGCAAAGAAUUGGCUCGACGACGUCGCGAACAAUCUGGACCAGCUUACUUAUGAGGUGGUGAUGGCUGAUCGGGACUUUUGGGAAGAGCUUCCUGGCAUGGUUGAAAGCUUGUUACGCAGAGGACAAGAUCUUCAACCCGACGAAGGCAGCGGGCCUUGGGUCUGUUUCGAAGAGUUCUUCCUCGGUUUUGCUCGCCUCGCGCUUCAUUUCAUUGCAAUGGAUACAUUGGUGUUGAACCAAUUCAUCGAGGACACGGAGCUCCGCGUGGCGACAGAUUUGAUAUCCAAGACCUAUUUGUCGGCAUUGUGUUGGAUGGUCCAGAUCAACCCCAUUCCCUUUUACCGUGCCAUGGUAAAAAUCUAUAGCUCAGAGGUUCCAAACCUUGUGGCGCGCAUCAACGACCAGAUUGCGUCCCCUCCUCUCAAAUAUGUGCAGCGCAUGUCCGAAUUUGCCUCGCGAAUCCUGACUCUGAUCCCGCGAUGGCCCCAGCUCGCAUCUCCCUUGUCGACAGUCGUCACCCUCGUUCAUAAUCUCGUGGAAUCGGGGAAUGAGCGCAGAAAGUUUCAAGCAGACGAUGCUUUAAUCCACUCUACCGCCUAUUUGCGUAUUAUCAGGGACGCCUACAGCAUGAUCCAGCCCAUAGACGAAAAGUACCAGGAUGGAAUAACCAAGAAAUCUCCUUGGGUGACUAGUGAUAUUAGUGACUCGUUGCUUCGCAACAUCGCGGGGGUGUAUCUCACGGCAUCUCUUCGCGUUCCUGACAUCGCGGAGCAGAUGGUCAAAAAUCUCGAACUUGAUCUUCCUGAAACCGCAACGGCUGAGGAUCGCGCUUUCCUCAUAUACUAUUCUUGGAAAUUUGCGGCCCUGAAAAAACACAUCAUGGAUGGUCGUAUGGAACUCAGGGUUCAGGGGGUCGAGACCAUGCAAACAGAGCUUGUCUCGGUGUGGAGGCUGUACAUCCAACGUGAUUCGGCGGGGAUAGAGAAUCCUGUUGUCCAGUACCUCGUGGGAUUUUUGAGAGAAAAUCAGAUGGUCGAGUAUGUCGUGGGCAUCGACUCUCAUCCUCAAUUGAUCAGCAGGAGCGGAAAUAUAGUCGGCUUCUUGGUUGUUACAGGCACGUACGCCGCUUCAGACACGGAUACGAUCUGGACGGCCGUGAGGGAAAGCCCAGACCCGAGAACCGUAUCGGAGAUCUUGGGCAUGCUUACCCGAACGUUUCACAUGCAUCUGUCGCCUUCUCCAGCACUUAUCUACUUGUGCUCGAAACUGCUCGACUUCCCGCUGGCUCGCUUUGAUGCGCGGAUGGUGGAGUUUUGCGAACAGCUGCUCCACCAUAUACGCGAAAAACAUACGGAGAAGCACCAAUUGUUGGACAAGCCGCAUGUCGACGCCAUCCCACUGCGCGUGUGUGUACGCCUGAUCCGCGAGAGCGCUGCGGCUGAAGAUUUCUCCGUGGAACAUAAGGCUUUGUUGCAGAAAUUCGCCAGCUCGCAGCUGCGCUCGUUCAUGAACGUCGGAGUCAGCGACGUGGACAAAAUGGAAACGUAUGAACGGUGCGUCCAGGAUAUUGCCGAGAUGAAUGAGUUUGCGGUGGGAAGUAUCCAGGCGUUGAGCGCACUUCUCCCGAACUACGACUCCCGCGAGAUCCAUCAGCUGGCCACCGAGUUCGAUCUGAUCCGACUGGUAUUUAACGAUAUCGUCCACACGGUGGACCAGAAUGGCACGGACUUUCAAGACUCGUUUUCAAAGACCGCCUUUGUUUCACGCAUCCACCUACUGACCCGCAUAAUCGACCAGGUCGCAGAGCUCAUAACGCCCGACCUUGCAGACUUGCUGUGGCAACAGGUGUUCAUGUCCAACAAGCUCUCACACCAGGGUAGACGCGCUCUAUGGGACUUGCUGUGUGGCUUGACAAAACAAAGCACCAAGCCAAAUCCGUUCGUCGAGCGCUGCAUUCAUGAGUAUCUUCCAGCGCUGUCGCCUAGUGAUUACUUCCCGGAGGUCCUUCUCUUUGCCAAGCAGACCAUCAGUUACGAAGUUCGCUUCAACCCUCCAUCCAUUGCUGGCGAGGGUGAGGUCGUCUCGAUUCCGGGCAUAGACCGGAUAUGGCGCUUUAUUCUGACGGCUCCCCCCGGCUCGAUCGAGACCGACGCGACCAACUUUGCGAUUGAGGUCUACCUGGAUCAUAACAUCAUCCAUCGGUCACCCCGGUCGGCAGUAGAGGCUACUCACAUUGCCUUGGUGGAUCGCUGUGUAGAACAGCUGAAGUCCGCGGCGUCCAGCUUAAAAAAGGCUACACCGUGCAAUGACUCCGCCAAUGAAGUGGGGGAGGUUCGAGCCGAAGAGCAAGGAGACAAAGUUCCUCAAGCGGACCUUCAAGCCGAAGAGCUGAGAUUCAGUCGUUCGCUCCUCUUUCUCCGCCAAUUCCUGCAGGGGCUGCGGAGCCGACCCCAGUACAGCCCCCCGCAAAAUUCGCCUCCAGGGCUACCUGAAAGGCCGGUGAAGGGUGAGCCGAUCAGCCUCCGCUAUCAAGCGUUUGACGGUAGUGCACAGUCCAAAGUUCGUUCCUUGCAGAUUGGGGACCUUUCGACUGCAUCUGAGCUUUACGAUCACUUCGUGCAGCUGACCGGCUUCUCUAAGAUGAAUAUCAUCUUCAGCGGGCGUAGAGUCGAUCUUCUUGUGAAGCCUGAAUUGAGCAUCCGUGAAUUGAAGCUCAAUGCAGGGCUGGUGCUAAUUCGGCGACAUCCGGAUAGUCGGGAGGCUGCAUUGAGAGGUCAGCGCCAGUCCCUGACGUCCGUUGAUUCCGAAGUGCUCAAGCACUUUGACGAUCUUUAUGACCUUCUCAGCCUUCAGGCCCACCUGGCUCGGGAGAUUUACGACUUCCUUAUGGUAUUCCCUCCACAAGAAAGGGUUCUGCAGUUGGUCAAGUCUACCACCAACUCUGAACAAGAGAUGUUCCCUAUGGACAAACCAUAUAGUUUUCUCUACUCAAUUAAUACUCUCAUGAUUUGUCUGAGGGAAGAAAAUCUUGAGUCAUCUCCAAACCAGGCCCUCGUGUCUCAUAGCAUUCGUGUCUUGGUCGCCGCCUUAACACGCUCCGAGAUGUUUGGGUCUCUUGAGAACCAUCCCACAAGACUCAUGUUUGCGACGAAUCUCGUCGAAUGCCUUGUUCAGGCUUUGCUUGUGAGGCUGCCAGAAGCGGAUGAAGCGUCGCCCAUCCCAAGUGCGGUGGCUCUAGUCCAACAAUUGCAAAAUCUGAUAGGUCUUGGGCGAAACUUGAACCCGUCCCAAUGCUCGGCAGAAGCAACGCAAAAAUUAAUCUGCCACUCAUUCACUUGUCUGAUCGAGGGCUCUGCACGCGACCACGCGUUUUGGCAUGUGGUUAAGCAGCAGGUCCAGUUAUCUGAGCUGCUGUUUUCGCUUCUCCUCGAUGAGAGUCGCCAGUCGAUCCGGACAAGUGUGAGAGGGACGAUUAAUGCCGCCUGUAAUUCCUCGAGGCUUUCGAAGAAGCAGGUUAAAUCCUCGGAUACCAGCGCCCCAGAACCACGCAGUGAUUCUCCCAUGGAAAGCCCUGUCAGAUUCGAUAUUUUGGCGACUAUCUGGGACGCUUUUCUGCAAAACCUUCCACAUACCGUGGAGUAUGUGCAGCAGUCCCCGGAGUUCUUUGAAGUGGCCCUUGAAGUAUUUCGCUCGGUUGCGGAGAAAUCCCCUGGUGACCUCAUCUUUAGCGAGUAUCUCAAGCAGUGGAGCGAUAUCAUGUUCAAACAGCCUGUCAAGGAGCUCGUUGGCCGUGAACAGGUAGACCAUGUGAUCUAUGGCUUCAGUCGGCUCAUCAGAAUGUGCCUUGAAGCGGCCAACACACACAGCGUGAGAGUGGACACACUUAAUCUGGCCGAGGACUUGUUCGACAAAUAUCUAUUCCCUGAUCUUUCAUCGACCCCAUCUUCGUACCAGGCCAUUGUUCCUCGGACACCUGUCUUGCACCUGUUCACACGCCAGGAACUAUACAAUGUCCUCGUCUUGCUUUGCGAAUACGAGGAAAAUUACAUCAAGAUCGUGGACCGCCUAGACGAUAUUAUCCCUCAGGGGUACACGUUCUCGCCUAAUUGGGGUUACGACCGCCAAAAGAUGAUCCGGUCACCAGAGGGCUAUGCUGGAUUAAAGAACUUGUCUAACACCUGCUAUAUGAAUUCUCUCUUGAGCCAACUCUUUAUGAAUGUGGGCUUCCGCGACUUUAUGAUGCAGCUCGGCCUCGGGAAUUCGGAGUCGCCACAGAAGCUUUUGGAUGAAACGAAGAAAGUCUUUGGCUAUAUGCAAGAAACAUGGCUUAAGAGUGUCGAUCCGCAAGGCCUUGUGGACUCCAUCUGUACGUAUGACAACGAACCAGUCGACGUCACGGUGCAGAUGGACGUCGACGAGUUUUACAACCUGUUGUUCGACCGGUGGGAGGCCCAGAUCUCGGACCCGCACGACAAGAAAACGUUCCGAUCAUUUUACGGCGGCCAACUCGUGCAGCAAAUCAAAUCCAAGGAGUGCCCUCAUAUCUCGGAACGUCUGGAACCAUUCUCUGCCAUUCAGUGCGACAUCAAGGGCAAGGCAAAUCUCGAGGAAAGUCUCCAAGCGUAUGUGGAAGGAGAGAUCAUGCAAGGAGAUAACAAGUACUCAUGCACCUCCUGUGGGCGACAUGUCGAUGCCGUCAAGCGGGCCUGCUUGAAGGAAGUGCCCGACAACCUCAUCUUCCACCUCAAACGGUUCGAUUUCGAUAUGGUCUCGAUGCUCCGGAGUAAGAUCAACGACGAAUUCCAGUUUCCUGAACGAGUGGAUAUGAGCCCCUUCAAAGUUGAAUACCUCUCUGAGCAAGAUCCUGAAGUGAAAGAGGAUAUCUUUGAGCUGGUCGGUGUUCUAGUCCACAGUGGCACGGCCGAAUCCGGCCACUACUACUCUUAUAUCCGUGAAAGACCGGCUGCUGGCGCUGGGGGGUCGUGGGUGGAGUUCAAUGACUCGGAAGUUAGUCGAUUUGACCCUUCCCGGAUUCCGGACCAAUGCUUUGGAGGCUAUAACGACAACGUCAAUCCCACCGCCAUGGGCCAAGUGCGCUACAACAAAGCCUGGAAUGCGUACAUGCUCUUUUAUCAGCGCGUGUCAGACAUUGAUUCGGCCAGAUCGAGAUACCAGCCCACAAAGGAGCACUCUCCCGUGCGCGUGCAGCUACCGGUGCCGCUUGCGAAUCACAUCACGAUGGAAAAUGAGAUUUUCAUCCGGACAUAUUGUCUUUCAGAGCCGUUUCAUGCUUGCCUUGCCCGGUACUUGCUCACUCGUCUCCACCAGGUCCAGCCUAAUGACGGAGAAACUUCUACCUUAGACCGGAAGGUCGUUUUCAUUUUAAUGGAUACACUGGAGCAGCUGAUAUCGAGAGCGAAAGAGCCACUGGGAUUGGACUAUACCCUGAACGAGGUCGGUCGAGCGAUUGAGGAGAUCCCCCGAACGGCCCAUCGAAUCCUCCAGUGGGUGGUGCAUAGACCGAACGGCAUUCGGAAUCUCUUGAAAAGCCCCCAUGCUGCCGUCCGCAGUUGCUCGGUCAGGAUCUUCAUCUGUGCUCUCUCCAAACUGCAGAGGCUUGGCGACAGUGAUGACGGAGAACCCGAGAGCCUCGAAACCCAGAAGUGGCACAUGCGAUAUUUGGAUGGCUUUGAAAACGUGUUGGCUACGCUCGAAGGAAUUUGGCCGAUGCUUCAUACUAUGUUUCGAGCUUGGGAUGACUACUUCGAAUUCUUGGUGCUCCUUGCUAGUUUUGGGCCCGUGGAGACGGGGAUGGUCCUCAACUACGGUUUCUUGCUGAAGUGUUUGGAAAUCAUGUGGAUUGAUCGAGAGGACACCAAAAAGCUCAAGCGCCAUUACCUCGGCUUUUUCAAACUCCUUGAGAAGGGCCGACGAUUCUCCUACAGAAAACUGAUGGAUCUUCUGGCCGUGUUGCUGGCGCGCAUCGAUUUCGCUGCUCCGCCUACCCCGGAUGAUGAGCGACGGGUUCUUCCGGACGACGUCUAUCAUCUUACCACUUCGGAAAAUAUCCUCAUCCGAUCUCUUGGAAAGCACGACGAGUUAUCCAUCCUGAAAAGGGUCUUCCAGAAUUACAGCAGUCCACCAGCCUGCAGAAGCAUCCUUAGCUUACUGUUGAAUGCGGAACCCCAGGCAGACCUGAUGGAUCCUAUUUGCAAUGUCAUAGAAGAUGGCCUUCGGGUCGCCCCGGCCGACCUUUGCGCGCCAUACCUGGACGCGACCCUGACUUUCUGUCGGUAUUGUCCUGAUGAAGACCGUAUUACCGCCAUGAUCGAGUUCGUUGGAAAGGGGGUCGACUCCAUCAAUGAUCACGGCGGCAAAGAACACCUGGCAUUCUUCACGAGUCUCAUGACCUGCCGCAACGACCGACUUGGCCUCGACGAGAUGUGGUUCCUCUCUCGCCUCAUCGAGAAAAUUCCAGACUGGGUUCCGACGUUGCUUGUGUUCCCGGACAGGGCCGUCAGAACCAUGACGAUGGAGAUACUGCGUCGCAUCCUGUUCACCGGGGAGAACGUAGGCGAGGAAUGGCAGUCAUGCCAUACCCAGGUUGCUAGAGACCUAGUCUCGUCUUGCGCCGAAAAGUUAAGAAAGAUAUACAUGGGUGCUCCGGAAACGGGUCUUGAGGCGAAGCUCGUGGAGACGAUGAAAGCCGUCAUUGAACACUGCUUGGCCACCUAUUUCGACGAAAGUGAGGAGGAUCGGGAUACUGCCAAUCAGGCUCGCAUGUUGAUAGCGGCCGUCGAAGAAUUAGCAGUUGAAGUUCCCGAGGAGCUAGGAUCAGAGGAAUGGGAAGAUAAUUCUGUCGUGAGCGAUUCGGAAAUGGGGAUGGCGGGCUCUCCCUAGAUGAAAACAAACCUGCCGGGCAUUCUACAAACCGAAAAGCAGAGAAACCAGACGCCGUGAUUGUAUCACAUAUGAGAAACGACUUGAUGAUGAAUAUUCCCUCUUAUCUGUUAUUUGUUGGCUGUGCCCAGUUCUGCAUCGGUCGGCGUUUCCGUUGCCUCUCCCAUUCUGUUAGACAUGGGGUUGGUUCUGUUCGGGUGAAUCUUGUGUAUUCAAGAGUUUGAUUACUUGCAAUGUUUUCCUUUCUUUUAUUCGCAGUCCUAGUGCUGUCACAUGGCACUUGUGUCAUGGAUAUUACUCGCGCUGCCCUGCUCCCUUGUGCAUUGACAGCCUUAUCGACGUUCUGCACGUUUUCACACUGAGGUCCAAAUGGCAGUCAACACUUCUGAUGGAACACAACACCAAUAGAAGGCUACCCGCUGUGGCGAAGCAGGACUUUACUCAAUAGAUUGAUUGAUUGAUUUGAAGCGUUAUUUUCAUAGUUAUAAUACAGGAUG